GUCCUCAAAAGAGAGGCAGUAGCUUAUUCAGUUGUUUCAUUUGCAAAGGGUGCAGCCGGCGGCAAGCUGAGGCUAGGGAGCUGGGGGAUGGUUUUUGUUCCCCAUUGGAUCUUAUCCUUUUAUAACAGUAUAAUUGCCUAGCUUAAAAUUCACCGACAGGCCAUGUCUCCUUGUGGCAGAUGAUUAGUUGCUAAGUUAGCUGUGAAUAUCGGAAGGCUCCUUGGCACAGUCAAGGGCUGUCGGAGACACCAGCUUCUCCCUUUUUUCCUCUGAGUGUGUUCCACUAGAACAUUCAAAACUGUUUCUCCAAAGAGUUCUGCAGAAACUCAGACUGUUUUCUAAAGCAGAAGCGCCACAGUCCACAGCGGAAGCGAUGGGCAGCGUGCGAACCAACCGCUACAGCAUAGUUUCCUCGGAGGAGGACGGCAUGAAGCUGGCAACCAUGGCUGUUGCCAAUGGCUUUGGGAAUGGGAAGAGCAAGGUACAUACCAGGCAGCAGUGCAGGAGCCGGUUUGUCAAGAAAAAUGGCCACUGCAACGUUCAGUUCAUUAAUGUGGGUGAAAAAGGACAGCGUUACCUAGCAGACAUCUUUACCACCUGUGUGGACAUCCGCUGGAGGUGGAUGUUGCUGAUCUUCUGUCUGGCGUUCAUUCUUUCAUGGCUGUUUUUUGGUUGUGUGUUUUGGUUGAUCGCCUUAUUUCAUGGGGACCUAGAGAAAACAAACAGACCUUGUGUCUCUGAAGUGCACAGCUUCACUGCGGCCUUCCUUUUCUCCAUUGAAACACAGACCACGAUUGGCUAUGGCUUUAGGUGUGUCACAGAUGAGUGUCCCAUUGCGGUAUUCAUGGUGGUUUUCCAGUCAAUAGUGGGCUGUAUCAUCGAUGCCUUCAUCAUUGGUGCCGUCAUGGCUAAGAUGGCUAAACCAAAAAAAAGAAAUGAAACUCUCAUCUUCAGUGACAAUGCUGUAAUAGCUAUGAGGGAUGGAAAACUGUGCUUGAUGUGGCGGGUCGGGAAUUUGCGCAAAAGCCACUUGGUGGAAGCUCAUGUGAGAGCCCAGUUACUCAAAUCGCGAAUCACCACUGAAGGAGAAUACAUCCCUCUUGAUCAAAUUGACAUCAAUGUUGGGUUUGACAGUGGGAUAGACCGCAUAUUUUUGGUCUCGCCUAUUACAAUUGUCCAUGAAAUAGAUGAAGAGAGCCCUUUGUAUGACUUAAGUAAGCAGGACAUGGACAAUGCAGACUUUGAAAUUGUAGUAAUAUUAGAAGGCAUGGUGGAAGCCACCGCCAUGACUACUCAGUGCCGUAGCUCAUAUCUGGCAAACGAAAUCUUCUGGGGCCACCGUUAUGAGCCUGUACUAUUUGAAGAGAAAAACUACUACAAAGUGGAUUAUUCUAGGUUCCACAAAACAUACGAAGUGCUGAACACGCCCCUUUGUAGUGCCAGAGACUUAGCAGAAAAGAAAUACAUCCUCUCUAACGCAAACUCAUUUUGCUAUGAGAACGAAGUGGCCCUCACGGGCAAAGAGGAAGAUGACAGUGACAAUGGGGUGCCUGAGAGCACAAGUACAGACACCCAUCCGGACAUGGACCAUCACAGCCAAGCUGGUGUGCCCCUAGAGCCUAGGCCUUUAAGGCGAGAAUCUGAAAUAUGACUAUGGGGAAUGUUUUCCAGUGUGGUUAAAAUAUAUCUGUCAGUAGUGGGCACAUUGCAUUGAGAAAUGGCUGCAAACAGUUUUUCAGAUGAUGGUACUGUUGAGCAGAGAUAAGCAUACAGUCCUGAGGAGUCAACCUAGGCUAGGUUUUUAAGUGCUGUCUUCACUGGAGGUACAGCGAAAGCGUGAAUUGGAACAUGAAGCACUAUGUCUGUGCUUGACUGGGAGGCACGUAUAUGUUGUAGAAUAAAUUAUGUAUAUAUAUUUUUUUACAAAACUUGAACUUGCAGGCAAGCUUUGGUUGAGUUGUAUUUUUUGUCAUCGAUUUGUUUCCUCCCAAAAUGCUUCUCUCUUGGGAACAAGAAUGUUUUUAAUGGCAUAACAAAGGCAAGAGACUGCCUUUACUAUUUUUUUAAUGUUGCUGCUAACUACAUGAACACAAAUUGUAAUUAUUUUUGUUGCAGUGUAGUAUUCAUUUUUCUUUUAUAUAUCUUUUAACCAAACAAAAUGAAAUGAAAAAGGGGAGGAAACCCCCAGUGUUGAAUCUGUUCAUUUCAAAGCUCUGUGUCAAUCAAAGUGACUGGUGAUGCUGGGGAAUCUGAACUUUGUUGAGGCCAGUAGAUUGGUGGCUAGAAUCAAUUUCUCUUAGUACUAUAGAGUUACAGAAGGAGUGUUAUGUAACACAAAGCCAUGUAGUAGCCUACAGCAAGAUAUAUAUUUUUAAUUUGUGUUUGGGGAUAGAAUGGAUCUCCCCCCCCAUCCAAAAUAUUUUUAAUUUCAAAGCUACCUAAGUGAAUACCAAAGAAAAAUUGCACACAUUUGCACAGUGAACUUUUUAUUUAAGCAAAGCAGGCUGCUUUCAGACUAUUUCUUCUCCCCAAGGUUCCUUAUGUGUGGAGUAUUUUUUUUAAAGAUGCACCUUAUUCUAAAAAAAGCUUAAAGUCCUCUUCCCCCCCCCCUUUUUCUAGGAAAUAAGCUUCUGAUUUUAUAAAGGAAGCCACAGACCUGAACUUAUAAGAUCUGAACAGGGUGGUUUGAUUCAUAGGGUCGCCAUAAGUUGAAAUCAACUUGAAGGCACAUAACAUAUAUAAAAAUGGGGGAAAGUAUUGAGUGAAGGGGAGCAAGCAUAUGUCCUCUCGUUUUUGCAAAACACCAACAAGACUGCAGCGGAAGGUCAAAUGAUAAGUCAUGCUUACAUUCCAGAGUAGUUUUUAGAACAUGGAUCCCUAUCAGAAGUGGAAAAGCCUUUUGAGGGACCGAGGCUGCAAUCCUACUGGCAACUGGAAGUAAGCCCUAUUAAACUCAAUAUACCUUACUUCUGAGUAGACAUAUAUAGGAUUGCAUUGUGAGUCAUCACAUACAACCAAGGCAAUAGUUACGAUCCAUUUAACAUUCAAUCCAGUUCAGGCUUGCUAGACGUUAGCAAAACCAUCUGUUCAGCCACAGAGAUUAAUAUGAGUGUAGUAGGCUGCUGUGAGCAAAGCAAGCAACAGGCUGGUCCCAGGAGAAAAGAAACUGACGUGGAAUUGCCUGAUGCAAGGAUCUCAGUAGGUUUGUUUUUGAUGGGACAGCUUCUCUUUGCCAGCGCUGAGAUGGCAGAAAAUAAUUAUGCAUGCUAAUAUUUUCUAGAUUGUUUGUUGAGGUGUCUUUCGUUUGAAGGGAACAAUACUGUAAAAGAGUUCCCUCUUUUUUAUGACUGCAAUAAAGCCACAAUGGGAUGAUCAGCAGACAUAGGAAUAUAUCUGCACCGAAAUCUUUAAACAGUUAUUGUGACUCUCUGCUGAACUGUGACUUUAAUGGUAUUUUUGGGUCCCUUGCCAAGAAUGUUUUAAAAAUUCUCUCUGCCUCUAAGAUCAAGUGUACCAUUUCAGCUGCACCCGUAGGUUAUAGAUGUGCACAUCCUCCCAACAGGCAGAAAGUGAAAGUGGUAACCAAGGGAUCAAACCCCAAACUCUUUUACAGUAUUGGAUCUCACUGUAUGCCAUUAAAAAUAGCUUGUUCUGGGUCUAAUGCUAUUUGUUAAUAAACAUCUAUGGAGGUUGCUGGGCCCCGAUUGCCCUGUCAGAAGGAGACAAAUUCAGUAAAGUGGUAUUUCCCAUUUAGAAUGGAAUUUACUUUGCGGAGUCAAUGGGUUCCAAACCGCAGAAAUUGGAUCCUGUAAAUAUAGGAAGGUUUGUUUGUUUUUCCUCUUAUGUCAGAUAUUAUUUAUGUACCACGUACUGAUGCUAAUUCUGAAAGGGGGGGGCGGUAAAUAUGCAUGGCAACCUGACUGAAUUCUCUGGGUCAGGGAAACAAUGAAAGCAAUUGAACAUGACUCGUGCUGCUAUUGUGAUAUUUCUGCAAAGAAAAAUAAAGUGCAAACCAAAGAGUAUUUAGCGACAUGUUAAAACAAAGAAGGGAGGAAACUACUCCAAAAUGCACAAAGUUCCCACUUGCGAGACUUGAGUCAUUAAAUGGAAAGGUGGGUUGAGACAGCAUUGAAUAUAUUUGUUUUAAAAACAAAUACACAGAGAAAGGGAUUUUUCUAAAAACCUAAUAUUUUUUUUCUUCCUGGUGCAGAGUUGAUUUUUCUUUUCCAAUAAGCAGGGGUUUUUGUUUUCAGAUUUUUUUUAAUGAAAAUGUACAUUUUUUAUAAAGUUUAUGAAGUAUUUUCAUAUUUAAAGCCAAAUGUAAAUAGAGAAGUCCAUUGAAAAAGAAAAUGACAGGAGAAAAAGCCAAGACGGCAUCAGUUAGAACUUAUGAUGCUAUCGGUUAGCAUGGUUUUUGCAAAUAAUUGCAAGCCUUAUGGGAUUUUUCUAAUGCUAUGAGGUGUUUUGUUUUGUUAUUUAUUUAGGCAUGGAUGCUUAACUUGAUUGUGUUUGUCCUUGCUAUUGGCAUUUUUUUAACCUGCUUUCAGAUUGCUACAGACUUGAUGAGAGUGGAUAAUCUGUUGCACUCUUUGUUGGGAGAUAUAUAUAUAUAUUCCCCUUCAAAGAACCCUUUGUCUUUACCUGUUUGCUUCUGCAUGUGGAAACUAAGACAAAACUUUCAUUUGUGUAUAUAUCAUGGUACCUACUGGCCCUUAAUUGUCAUUGUAAUUUUUUUUUCCUAAAAAAAAAAAGUAAAUAAACUGAACAUGCCUCCGGAGGCUCAGCCUAGGUUCUGUGACCGUUAUGAAGCUACCAAAAAAAAAGUAUUUUUAAGGAGCCUUUUAAGUAGCUGAUAAGAAGGGACAAUUGUGCAAAGUGUUAAGCAGUAUAGAUCUGUGGUGCAAUCAUCCGCCACUUAUGUUGAUGGGAAAUUUCCCACUGACUUUACUGGAAUGUGGAUUGCAAGCACACUUGACUCCUCAAGCCACAAAUAUGAGUUAUGAGACAAGCAGUAAUUUUCCUCUUUCGUAGAAAUACUUGAAUGGGGGGGGGAGUGUCUUUCUCUUACAUGUAACAGGGCAAUCCUAUAUGUGUCUACUCAGAAGUAAGUUUCCAUUGAUUCAAUAGGAAUUACUCCCAAGUAAGUGGGCACUAGGGUAAGAUUGCAGCCUUACUAUCUUACACAUGCAAGAAAGGCUAUGGAUUCUUAUUGUUUCUCAUCCGUGGUCUGGUGUGCAGGUUUUUUAAAAUUAACACAAUCACUGCAUGUGUGUGUUAACACACUAUUCAGUCACAGGUUGUUUUUUGUUUUGGUUUGCUAUUCAUUCUAUUUUACAUGCCUUUGGGAAAGACAAAGGGUUCUGAAUCUGAUAUUUUUGUUCUCUUACACCCUUUUUUGUUGGGGUUGGGCUGGGGUUACAAGGUAAAACUGAGAAGUACUGUAAUGUCUUUUUUCUAAAAAAAAAUCAGGCUGCUGUUGUUGACCAUUUUAAGGUAGGAGAGUGCUUCAUAGUUGCCAUCCCACAGGCAACUGAAGAGUUCUUUCUCAUCUCAUAAAUGGAUUUUCUGUCCUGCAGCUGUUUGUAAGGUGAACAAAACCAACAGGCAUUUGACAAUCGUUCUCCCUUACUAUUUUCCUGUUUGCAGCCUUUUGUAUCAAAGUCUUCCUAAUGUACUGCACAAAUCAUGGACUGUACAAAAUUUUUAUAUAUAUAUUAUGUCUUAUUUUAUUAUUUCUAAAUAAAUAAAAAAUAAAGUAUU